AUGAACAUAUACACAUCACCCACGCGAACACCGAACAUCGCACCAAAGAGUGGCCAAAGACCAUCUCUUCCUAUGCUGGCCACAGAUGAGAGGUCUACGGACAAAGAAAGCCCGAAUGAAGACCGUGAAUUCGUGCCUUGUUCGAGUUUGGACGUGCGCAGAAUCUACCCAAAAGGCCCAUUACUUGUUCUCCCGGAAAAGAUCUACCUUUAUUCAGAGCCCACGGUAAAAGAGCUUUUACCCUUUGAUGUGGUCAUCAACGUUGCUGAAGAGGCAAACGAUUUACGAAUGCAGGUUCCUGCUGUCGAGUACCAUCACUACCGAUGGGAACAUGAUUCGCAGAUUGCGUUGGACUUGCCAUCAUUGACUAGCAUCAUACACGCAGCUACGACUAAGCGAGAGAAGAUACUGAUACAUUGCCAAUGUGGGCUGUCGAGAUCCGCAACGCUGAUUAUUGCAUAUAUAAUGAAAUAUCAUAACUUGAGUCUGAGGCACUCAUAUGAUCUGUUGAAAUCAAGGGCAGACAAGAUAAACCCUUCCAUAGGGCUUAUUUUCCAGUUGAUGGAAUGGGAGGUUGCUCUUAACGCGAAGACUAACGUGCAAGCCAACAGUUAUAGAAAAGUACCGUGA